ACAAACACCCAACCGGCAAGACUGUUGACUGAACACCCCAGACUUGAUCCCGCUUGCAUCUACACUUUCAAAACUACCUGAACGAAGACAAGUCGAGAAGCUGGUGUUUCUCUCUGCGCUACAUCAACACACAACAACACACGUGCAAGCCCGCACGGCGAAACAACGAUAGGAGAAGCAGCGACAAUGCCACAAACACUCUACCCCCGCGCUACAGUCAAGAAGAUAGUAAAAGCGCAUUCGAAUCGGGGGGUUAGUAGGAAUGUUGAUAUUCUGAUUUACUUGAAUUAUAUUGUGUUUAUGCAGGAUCUCCUAAAAGAAGCAAAUAUCAAGAGUAAACAACAUGGCGAGAAGGGUGUUUCGGCAAAGAGUAUCAAGAGGGUUAGUGAGGGGGUGUUGAGAAAGUACAAGGGCUGAGGAAGUCGUGGUUAGCGUGGGAGGAACUCACAGUGUGUGACUAGAGGGUGAGAGUCUGGCGUUACAUGUACUUCUAUUCUAUUCCUUGCAUGCUCCAAGUAAACAAGGGAAUCAUACCAC